UUCUGGUGUGUAGCUUUUAUGAAGUUUUCGAACUUUGUAUAUUUCUAACUAUUCCCUCAAACCUGACCAUGUCCUACUGGUACGUCAUCUUGGUCUGCCUCCCAGUCCUGGCCUGUGGUCAAGAUCUUAGUGGCGCCGCUGCCGACAUUUUCAACAAGAUCGACUCCAACAACGACGGCAACAUCCAGAGACCUGAGCUGACCGCAUAUUUCACUGCUUUUGACACCAACCAUGACGGUAAAGUGUCCAGACACGAGUACAGCGUCUACGUCACCGACAUCUACGGCCACAGCCCCGAGCUCAACCACCUCCUCCACAGCCUGUUUGACGAACUCGACGUCAACAGCGACCAUCAUCUGGACGGUAUCGAUUACGACAGACAUUUUGUCACCGCCGAUACUGAUGGCAACAACUUGGUCAGUCCUGCCGAAUUUGAAAGAUUUUUCCUCCUAGUGGCGGGCAAUGCAAGUGUCGGCAAGUAAUCGAUUACACGAUAUAUCAAAUUCAGGUGUCGGCAAACCUAAUUGUUCAAACGUGUGGCACCAAACAGCGAGUUGAAUUAAUAUUUUGUCUCUUCUGCAAAUAAAAUAAUCAAAAUAUGGAAG